UAGGGGAUGUCAUAUCAGUAUAAUUCAGUCUGCUGUGUUGGUAUUACUAUUGAUAAGUUCAUUUCCUUUUAUUUGUUUUUUUUUUUUUAUUAUUCCUCUACGACUAUUUAUUUUUGUAAUUGUAACCAGUAGUCUAGACUAUAGACGUUGGUGUAGUGAGUAGUGAAUUAGGAAUCGUGGCGUGUUAUUGUAGGUACAAUAACAACGAUGAACAGACGUAAUAUGCGUCGACAUCAUUUGAAAUACAUUUAAAAUUACAAUUUUCAACAAUUUCGAAGAUAUCAUUAUUGUAACGAAAAAUUGUCGGUCGUCGCUUAAAAUGACCUGUUUGUAUCUUGCGUAGAACAGCCGGUCGGCUGUCCGCCGCGAAUGAUCAAUCACAAUCACAUAAUACCAUAGUGAGUUGAUAUUUUGAAAAAAACAAUAGGUAUGGGUAUAUUAUAGUGUAUGUGUCUGUUUAUAUGUACAUCUCCGUCUAGAAAGACUAAAAAGUUGAGAGAUUUCGGUCGACUGCGAGAAGGUGAACUUUUUAUCGUUUAAUCUGACUUGUCACGUUACAGGUGUCUCGUGAUCUGUCGCUGGCGAAGGAUUCACCGAAAGCCAACGCAAUGUCUAAGGUAAUCGACCUGUAUGAGUUUUUGUUGGAAGCUGAACUCCAUCAGUAUUAUUCUGAGCUCAAGAACGACUUGAAAGUAAGUCGAAUCCUGUUGGAUAUUUUAAUGUUAACAUUCCACAAAUCCCCUAAUAUAUAAGUAUCUAUAAUAAGUCAAUAUUGUUGGAUUUAGGUGAUGACUGUACCUCAAGUCAAGUUUGUUACUGAAGAUGACCUGUAUCAGAUAGGCAUGACCAAGCCAGAGAUUAGACGUUUGAAAAAGUACUUCCAAAAAUAUUACCCCCAAAAUUAUUUUUCAAAGUUCAAAAAAGUAAGGGUUUGCUGAAUUAAUUGGUUUUGUAGGUAAAUUAUAUUUAUUAUUGUCUGUGUUUAUUUCUAUUUUCAGUUAAUCUCAUCGAAAGACCAUAAAGAUCAAUGGAAUGAGAGUUCUGGUUCACAAGAUACUCUGAAACCAAUUUAUGAAAAACGGCCACCGGCUCGUGUUCCCAACAAACAUAUCAUUCCAGCAGAUUCCAUAACUAUUAAUAAGGAGUUAGGUGUAGGGGAGUUUGGUGUGGUCCAACAAGGAGUUUGGACCAACGAAGGUGAUAGGGUUGGUUUGAAAUGUGUAUAAAAAAUUUAGGUACACGAGUACUAGUUUCAAUGUUUUUGUUUUAGAUUCAAGUUGCCAUAAAAUGUCUUAGUCGGGAACGCAUGCAAAAUAAUCCUAUAGAGUUUUUAAAGGAAGCUGCUAUUAUGCAUAGUAUUGACAAUGAACAUAUUGUGCGGUUGUAUGGAGUAGUUUUAGACACUGAUGCGCUAAUGCUUGUAAUGAAUACAAAUAUUUCAUUUUUAGCAUUUUAAAACUAGUUAAUUGAUGUUUAAUUUAAUUUGCAGGUUACAGAGUUAGCACCUUUAAGAUCUCUAUUGGAAUGUUUAAAAGAACCAUCACUCCGUGCAAGUUUUCCAGUAAUGUCAUUAUGUGAUUUUGCAAUACAAAUUUGUAAUGGAAUGCAUUAUUUAGAGACCAAAAGACUUAUACAUAGGUAUUUUUAAUAAAUAUUUAGUAAUUCAGUCAUAUUUUUUUUGUUUUCUUUUUUUCAUAGAGACUUGGCUGCUAGAAACAUUUUAGUGUUUACAAAAAACAAGGUGAAAAUAUCAGAUUUUGGAUUGUCACGAGCACUUGGUGUUGGCAAAGACUAUUAUCAAACAAACUUUAAUGUGAAUCUAAAAUUACCAAUUGCCUGGUAAUAAUUUUUACAAUUAACAUUUAAUAUUUAUAUUAAUUUAUCAUGUUUUUAAUAUAGGUGUGCACCCGAGUGUAUUAGUUAUUUACGUUUUACUUCAUCUUCUGAUGUUUGGGCAUACGGAGUCACUUUAUGGGAAAUGUUCAGUUAUGGCUUUCAACCUUGGGCAGCACUUACUGGACAGCAAAUACUCGAGGCUAUCGAUGAACCUAAUUUUCAAGUAAUUUAAUAUAUAAUUUUUUUUAUAUUUAUUUAAAUUUUAAUGUUAUUAUAAAUAUUUAUUUUGUAGAGAUUAGAACAACCCGAUUGUUGUCCAAAAGAAUAUUUCAAUGUCAUGGCCAAAUGUUGGCAACAUGAUCCUACAAAAAGACCACGAUUUGCUGAUUUAGUACUUAUUUUACUUGAUGUAAGUUAAACUUAAUAUUCAUAAUACAGUUUUAUACAAUUUUCAUUAAAUUAGUGUAAACCAGAGCAAGUUCAAACUGUGGUUAACUUUGAAGACAAAAAAAGAGACAUGCUCCAGUAUAACAUUGGAGAAGUUAUAACAGUACUCGAUAAGACGUAAAUAGAUUUUAUAUUUUAACCCAUGAUGAUGUAAUGAAAGUAAUUUUAUUCAAUUUAUCUAUUUUAGCCCUGGUGUUCCUACUUUAUGGAAAGGCGUAUUGUGCAAUGGAAAGACGGGAUUGUUCAAUCCUUCUAAUACUGUUGCUUUUUUGGGACUAAAUUUACCAUCGACUAGAAAUUCUGAGUUUAAUAGAAAUGGUAUUUAUAUAGCUUCAAUUCCAUUUAUUACUUAGUGUCAAAUUUCCCCUCAAUUCUUUUGUAUCAUAGAAAUUUGCAAAAAUAAUAAAUAACCAAAUGGUAUAAUAAUACUUGUAUAACUUAAAAUAUAUAAGUAUACUUAUGUAAUGUUAAAUCAUAAUAAUACUUCCAAAUAAUUUUUGAAAUUUGAUCAUAUAACUGAUAAGGAUGGGAGUUGAAAGUGUAAACCUUCCAAAGGUACAUCUUUGAUAUUAACACUAUUCAUGUGCAAAAUUCCAUCCUUCUGGUAUUAUUUUAGGGUCUGUAGUAAAAACUAAAAAAAUACCCCCUUCCCUUACCAACAUGAUGAAACUCAACUUAAAUUUUAUCAUUUUUUUUAAUGGGCCUGUAAAAAAAUUCUUAAUUUUCUAGUUUGAGUUCAUUUGGUCUAGAGGGAGUCGUUGAAAGAGUCUAAAAAUACUGGAGAAAAAAAUAUACCUAUAAACUAUAACAGACAUAGUACAUUGUAAAAGUUUCUAUUUUCAGGGGAAAAUUUGGCAAUUAGUAGGUUUAUUUAAAAAAUUAUAUUAUAGAUUCAAAAUAUUCAUCACGGCGUAGUCGUCUAAGGAUUGACAUGAUCUCAUGUCCACAAGGAGAUGUUAAACAUAUGGGACAUGUAGGUCUAGAUGGUGCAUAUUUUGGAGACAUUGAAUUCAUGAGUACAAACGCACCAAAAGUAAUUGAUACACAUUAAUAAUUAACAAUUUUUGCAUUUGUAUUCAAAAUUAUUUAUUGUAAUUUGAUAUAUAUAUAUUUUUUAGUAUAAUCAUUUACCGCAUCAAGUAGUAGCUCCAUAUAAACCUCAAGAAGACUGUGCUAGUGUUAGCGAUUCUCCAACUUCAAUAAAAGCUUGUUCAGAUCGUGCACCAUUGCUAAAUGGUGAUAAGUCAGAAAAUAAAAAAAAUGGUAUUCUAAUAUAAUUGUUUUAGUGCUACUAUAAUUUUAAUUCUAAAACAAAAAUUGUUUUGAUUUCGAUUAUUAUUUAUUUUGUAUUCAAUGUUGACUGCGUUUGUCUGCAGUUUUCACAACUGUUCACUGUAUAUAUAACUUUUUAAUCCUUUUAAUCAUCUUAACUAAUAAUCAAAUAUCAUUCAGCCAUGCAUAUGCUUUAUUUACAUCAUAUGUGUAUUGGAUACUAAAUGACAUCAAAUGCAUUGCUGAAUGAUCCUUAUUGACUGCAUAGUCAACUUGUUAUUAACAAUUUGAAUAAUUAUGCAGGGUGUCCCACGAGGAUUGGACAAAUGCAAUAACUUUUGUUCUAUUCAAUAUUUUUGAUAUAUAUAUUUUUUUAAAUAAUUAGUAUGCCUCAUCGCUACAAUUUAUAUAUGAACAUUUUUUUUUUUUGAGGAAGGGGACUUUAAAUAAAAAAGAAAAAUUUUACUAUAAUUUUUUAAAAAAAUUCAAAAUAGUCAUUUUGUUAAAUAGGUUUUUAGAAAAUUGUUGGUGAUUGAAACUUUUGUUGAAGUAUGGUCUUUUAUUGUCUAAGAUUUUUUGAAGUUUUGUAAAUGUAAAUAUUACAAUAUUUAAUUAGUUAUUAGUCGAGACACAUGAUAAGGAUUUUCUUUUCCAUGAGUUAAUAUUGUGCAAACAAUUUAUCAUAUAGGUAUUGAAUAGUAAUUGUACAUAUAUUAUGAAACAUUGAUCAGAGACCUUUAACACAAGCUUUACUUACUGAAGGUAGAUAAUUUAUUUAUAAUCAAUUUAUGUAUUGUAUUAUUUUUUAUAUAAAUUGAGAAAUAAAAAAAAAAAAUAGGUAUUAGUAGUAUCAAUCAAUCAAUAAUUGUAAUUUAUGUGGAUAAAUAAUAUUGUUAUGAUUAAAAAAAAUAUCAUUCAAAUUUUUUAAAAAUUCUUAGAAAAUAAAAGAACUAUGCUUUAACAAAAGUUUCAACCACCAAUAAUUUUCUAAAAAUCUAUUUUACAAAAUGGCUACUUUGAAUUUGUUUAAAAACAUUAUAGUAAAAUUUUAAAUUUAAAUUUUUAAGUUCCCCUCCUGUAAAAAAAAAAUGUUCAUAUAUAAACUGCAGCACAGAGGCAUACUAAUUAUUUGAAAAAACAAAAUAUAUCAAAAAUAUUGGAUAGAACAAAAGUUAUGGCAUUUGACGAAUUUUUGUGGGACAUCCUGUAUAUACAUUAUGUUUUUCUUAACAGCUUAACAGGUCAUUUAGUAGCAUCACUUUAUAUGUAUAAAGAUAGGCAUUCUAGUGUAUUAGGGACACAAACUGUAAUAUUUUUCCCUUAUACCUUGAUAACAAACAAUUGACUUAGUUUAUAAUUAAAUAUAUUACGUGUACUUACAUACCACACAACGGGGUAGCCAGUCUAUUUUGAAUAUCAAUUAUGACAAAUUACAUGUUCAAUAAUAAAACUAAAGUUAAUUGUGAGGGCAAAAAUAACCAGAAAUAUGCAUAAAAUGCAAAGAAAAUUCAGUGUUCCUUCUGUAUCACUUAUCUAUUAUAGUGUACAUUUUUCUUUGUAAUUCUACCACCAUAAAUGUAAUAUUUGACACUUUUUAUGUGCUUAUAAAUGUCCAUUAUAUAUAGCUUUCACUAUAUAUAUAGGUAUAUAAUAUAUAUGUUGGUAAAUUACAGACUUAUUACCUAUAGACUAUAUUAUUAUAUUAUUAUUAUUAGUUGAUUUAUCAACCUGGUUGGAUAAAAACAAGCUGUCCAAAAUUUUAACUGACCAUGAAUACCAUGAAAUUAGCGAUGAAGAUACCGUUGCUGAAAGUCCUAGAUUCGAAGUAAGUUCCUUUCAAUUGUCUUUACUAUUUUUAUUUGUAUUAAAACCAAGAAAAGUGAUGAUUUAAUGCUUCAUUUUGUAAUGUUACUUAUGAAAUCAAUUAAACUUUAUAUACAAUUAUUAUUGUUAUUAUUAAUAUUAUAAAUUGUUUGAAUCAUGUAGUUAACUGAGAAUAGAAAUCACUUAAAACCAUAAUGUAUUUAUAUUUUUUUAGAAAACAUUUGACUUUGGACCAAGUCUUGUAGAAGAAAUGGAAACUAUGUUUAGAACUAUAAGUACAAAUGGAGUCAGUAACUACGCUGUGUCUCCGCCGAGAUCUCCACUUGAUCCUUUAGACACAAACCAUAGAAACGAACUAAGAGAAAUUGCAGCUACCAUUGCUGCAGCUGCUGCUGUAAAUUCAAAGACAAAAAAAAAACAAGCAACGGUAAAAUAAAAUAAAAUAAUUAUGUUUGAUCAAAUAUAACCUUGUUUUUAGUUUAUUAAGAAUGUUAAAUAAUUACUACAUAAAGCAUAUAGAAAAUAUUUAAUAAUAUGUCAGUAUUUUCUCAUAUGAGGAUAUAGAUGGUGGUGGUGGUAAGUAUUGUUACCUAAUUGAAAAUUCAGUAGUUGUAUACUAGAUGGGAGAUUGAGGCACAAGUUGCAUAAAGUUUUCUUUUUGCACUGUGAUGUGACACUAUAUUUUCUAAUUAGGCAGAAUAUAAUAAUAAUAUGUUUAAUUCAAUUACAAAAUAGUAUAUUUAAUUGAAUAUUAAUUAUUUUUUAAGGUCAAACCAAUAUCUGCUUCUGAUGAAAAGAGUCUUGAUUCAGCUAUUGCAAUGGCAAAUGAGUUGGCUAAUCGUUCAAUGGGAUCUGACAUAGAACAACCACCACAUCACCAGGUACCCGAAUCUCCAUCAUCACCAAGCAAACGGAAGUUUACAUUUAAGUUUCCUCCGCCAAUUGGCUCUCUUACCAAAACACAAAAGCAUGAGGCAAAAACAUUCACCGAUGAAGCAGCUUCCAUUCCAGAUAUACAAGUAAACAGUUUUAAAUACCUUUAUAAACAUUUAAUCAUGGGUACCAUACUUAUUUAAAAUCAAUUUCCCCUCUGUUCCUUCCGUUAUGUUUAAUUAUUGCUUGUAGUUGUGUAGUAGCUUGCAAUCGUUUUCAUCAUUUAUCAGUGCAGAUUCCUUAUUGGAUAACGCACCAUUUCGUCUCCCUCUAUGGGAUAAAGCAUCUACAGAAUUUUAUUUUGCACGCUCCAGGGAACUUUUGACAAAAGCCUCUCCUAGUAUAGGUUCAUUAGACUACAUAUCAUGUAACUCUUUAAGGACUAUUGAACGGUCUAAUGUAGACUCAACAGAAACAUUAGUCGGUGAACAGUAUUCCUGUCCUAAUUCACCAAAACUUAGGCCCAAACCUAAUGAUACAUUUCGAGCAAACACACUUCCUAGUAGCAAAAAAUGUGACAAAAUACGACGAAGUUGGUCAGAUUCUGAGACUAGUGUAUACAUUCUCAAUGAUAUCCUUAACAAAGUUCCUAUAAAUACUAGUUUAAUUGAUGACGAAACUGCUGAACUCUAAAUAGUAGUCGUAGAAAUAGUAACAACUAGUAAUAUUAGUAGUAGGUAGUUGUAGUUAAAAAUAUUUUUUAAAUUUGAUAAUUUAUUAAUUAAAAAUAUUGCUUUUGAAAAAUUACGUAAUUGCUGAUUUCUUUUUAUUUUAAUUUUAAAAUUAUUUAUAAAUCGAGUUAAAAAUUCAAAAAUGUCUGUUAUUUGAAUUUUUGUAACUAAAUGUUAUUGAAUUAUUAUUUUAUAUCGAAAAACAGUGUUAUUAAAGUACUUUAUUUUAUUAUGCAAUUUUAUUAACUGGGCCUAUAAAGUAUAAUUAUAUUGUAGACAUAUGUUUAAAAGAUUACAUUGGAGAUGUUUACUUUGAUUCGGUUCAUUAGAUUCCAGUCUGUUGUGAAACAUAAUAUUAUGUUCAUUGGCUAAUUGUCAAACAUUGAUAAUUAUUUUAGUUGUCCGCCUUGGCAUUUACCACUGCACCUUUAUUAGCUCUAAAUAGUUAAGAAUUCAAAUGAAAGACAUACGUAUACUCGAAUAAUAAUUUUUUUUUAUAUAACCUUCCACUAUGUACACAAAAUAUUUAUUUAUUGGUUAAGAUAGGUAAUUUAUUGUUAAGAUGAUAUGCAUCUCAGUUUUUAACUCCUUAGACUUUUUUUUGUUCUAUAUAAAUUAACAACUCUUUUAUAAAUAAUGCAAAUAGUAAAUUUAGAUUUUAAAGUUAUGGUUUUAAAUGAUUUUUAACUAUCAUAAUAACUAUGUACUUACAUAAAAUAAAUUUAUAAAUUUUAAAUAAAACAUUCAAAUUGAUUUCAUAGACGUUAAUUGAUUUACUCCAUAAGGAUUAAAAACUAAUUGUUUUAAGAAACAAAGACCAUUUACUUUUGUAAUAUUAUGCAUUCAAAAAUGUACACAAAUAAUAAAUUUAAAACUACCCAUUACUUUUUUUUUUUAAAUAUUAUAUAUGGACCAUGUGUAUAAAUUUAUUAAAACUAAUUAUUAUAAUAACUUUCAUAUUAUAUAAUUUAUAUGUAUACACAAAUUAUUGUUAUGUUAUAAUAACAUUAAUUAGGUAUUAAUAAAUCAAUUUUUUAAAUUUGUAUAUUUUGUACAUUUUCAAUUUAUGUUUUGAAUUUUUCAACAAUACAUAUCAGUUUUUAUGUAUAUAUAUAUAUACAUAAAUAAUAUAUUAUUAAUUCUCAAAUUUUAAAAAACUGCAGAAGUGCAGUUAUUAAAUACUAGAUUCAAUUUUUAUAUUUAUUGUUUAUAUAUUGUACAUAAAAUACUAAAAUAAAUAUAAGAAUUAAUUGAAAACCUUCUCCCACUGGAGCAACUAGACACUACACAAUUUUAAAAUUAUAUCCUGAUAGCUGAUAAUUGUUCGUUUUAUGAAACAAGGACACAUAUUAUAGAUGUCCCAUUGAUGCUAUAAGAAAUGACUGAAACAAAAUGAAAGCAACUAUAUAAUAAACAACUAAUUUUGUCAAUAACUUCAUUAAUAAUUAUCAGUACUUCACCUACAUUAUUCUACAACUAUUGACCUGCAAUUUCAUAACAAAUAAUUUGUUUAAAUUAUGGCAUGCUGUGAUUCUGUAUUUAUUUUAAUUAUCAAACAGUUAAAUCUGUAGAAAUAUAAUUUAAAGUAUUAAGAUGAUGUGAUACUCGUAUGCAUUGCUUCUGCGUUACAAAUGUACAACAGAAAAUUUAACAACUUAAGCUGGGACAACUGACUGUUAAUUUUUAUGUUAGAGUAUAUUGAAGUAUCAUCAAGUUAAAGAUAAGAACACUAUGUAACACUGUGUAACACUAUGUGUUGCCACUAUUUUUUUUCGAUAUUUCAAUUUUCCAGUGAAAAAUAUAAUGAUUAUUCAAAUGUUUUAUUUCACAUAUUUAUAUUUCUUUUAUAAAUUAAAAUAUUGAAUAUUUAGUGGCAACAUUUGAGUGGGAUUUAAUUUUAAUCAAGGUUAGUUCAAUUAUACUAGAGAUGCAUGGGAUCUAAUGGUUGGACAUUAUACUUUUCAAUAUGUAACUGAUUUUAAAUAUUUAGAAUCUAUAAACAUUACAUACAAUAUGAAUAAUGAGAUACAGCUAAAAAAUUCAGCAGCUUAUAACGGUUAUUUUGCGCUGGGAAAAAUAUUUAUAAAAUAUUUAAUAUUUAGAGUUAUUAAUACUACUACUAUCUAUAAGAUCAAAGUCAAUCUUUAAUCAAGGUACCUACGACUAGUUUUAUUCUAUGUUCGUGAAUAGAAAUUACUGACUUUCGAAAAAAAAAUACUUUGAAAUCUAUAGCCCUAUGAUGAAAAAUUCGGAAUAAAGAAUGAGAACCAAUCAAGAAAUGUAUCAAUUGUAUCUGAAGCUCAAUAUCAAGUUAUUUAUAAGAGUUACUAUUAAUGGAACUUAGAGAAUAAUCUAGGCAGAGGUAAAUGGUCAUAGUUAAAUCAAACCUCAAAACAUGUGCAUCAGUAUUAAAACUAUAGGAGAGGAGAGCUAAGAUAGAGAAAGAUUGUCUGAAAUAGUACAAGCAGUGAAGGGCUAUAAAAGCUAGACAAGAAAAAAAUAAUACAGUAUUGUACUUACAAAAAAAAAAAUUGUAGGAGAGGUGGUUAAAAGUUGAUGCCCUCAUAAGGCACAUCCUUGAUAUUAACUUUAUGCAUAUAUAAAAUUUCAUCUCCAGAGUUUCAUUUGGGGGAGUCUGUAGAGGUCUUCAAAUUUAAAACAAUAUGUUGAAAUUCAUACUGAAAUUCUACCUAACUUAUAUCCGCCUAUAAAAUCACUCUAAUUCCUGAGUUAAAUUAUUUGGCCCAAAGAACAGUUUUCUACUAGAUAAUCAUGAUCCAGAGGGAUCCUUUAAAAGUAUCCAAAAGUAACAGGAAAAAGAUGUAUUUAACACCAUACAAUCAGAAAAUGCCUGAAAAUUUGUUAAUAAAAUUGAAUAAAAUGCAAAAUAUAUACUUGCUGCAUCAGUAUAUUAAAAUACAGUCAAACUUGUUUAACUCACAUUAUAUUAAUUUGAAAUCGUUAAUACUUCAAACUUUUUCCAUAGUCCUUAGAAUUUCAAAUUUAAACAAUGUAAAAAGGUUGGUGAUAUACGGGUUAUUCCUAUAUGUAUGUAAAUUUGAUUUACUAUCAAAAGUUAAGUUUAUUAAUGUUGUGGUUAUAAUUUAUACAACUGGUUUACUACUUGAUAAUACACACGUUAUCCACUCACAUACAUAUACACUUUAGUACUCUGUUACAUUUCAAUGUUAACGAUUUUAAGAUAAUUGUUUGUGAUAUCAAUAUUAAAAUAAAACGAAAAUUAUUUUUUAUUAUUCCUUCAACUUUGAGUUAACCAAGUCCAACUGUAGUUUGUUAACACCUUGUACCCUUUUUUUGGUGGGUUUAUCUGGCUGCUGGGACCAUCUCUUAUCUAUAUAUUAUCAUCUUACAUACUCUAUUUUAUUUACUUUUUGUAUAUUAUUUUACCGUUAUAUUAUAUACUAUACUAUUCUAGUAACCAAAACAUCAUAAUCAAAAAUAUGACUUAGUUUUACUAUGUUGAUCUUGGAAUUGGCUUGUAUUCCUUUUUACUAGGUUAUUGUUUUUUUAAAUUAUGUCACUAUUGCAUUUUCCUAAUGGGAAAUGCGUUUAAAUAUAAUAUUAUGUGAUCCAAGAAUAAUUAUUUUUAUUUUUUGUACUUACGAGCUCCUAAAAACUUAAAUUUUUAGGGUAAUUCAUGUCAAAAUCUAUGUUGCUACAUUAAAAAUAACUGUUGUAUUCUUUCAAUCCUUGGUUAAAAUAUAUAAAUAUAUAUUAGACACAUAUAGAUUGCAUGUGGUUUUGUAUAAUAUGUAUAUAGGCAUUUUCAAUAUGGAUUCUUAUUGAAAACUGAAACUUAUAAAUUCUUUGUAGCUUGUAUACAUUUUGCGCUCAAAACUAUUAGCACUAUUAGUUAUUAAAAAGAAAUAAUAGUUUUCACAUUUUUAAAUAGUUUUUUUUUUUUUUUUGUAAAAGGGUUUUAGUUAGUUUUAUUUUCGUGUUUUAUUUUUGUUUUUAUUUUUGUUGCUUCCCUUUGUCCUGUUACCUUCCUGACGUUUUCCUUCUCCUUUCGCACUUGUACAGGGAUGUUUAACUGAAGAAGCCAAACAAGCUUACAAUGGUUUAAUUGAAAAACCUUCGGCAGCUGUAGACUGUAACAUUACUAAUUCAUUGAGAAUGUUAAAAAAAACCACUACUCCCGUGGCCAAACCGAAAUUCAAGCUGAACAAAAUCAACAAUGGGUAAAUAUUUCUAAAUAGCUCUUUUUGUAUUUUAUAAUAUUUCUAAUGGCAUAUAUAGUAUUUCCAAUCAAUGGGGCAACAAUUAAUGUUUAAUUUAAUCACUUAAAUACAUAUAUGUUAUGCCAUUUAAAGUUCUAUGGUACUAUCUUACUUACUACCUAAAAACUAAAUGCCUGUUUGUGUUGUGUUUAUAUGUAUAUUUAAAAUAUGAAAUAAUUUGUUCUCAUAAAAUGUUUGUAUAUAUCUUAUGACACUAGCUAUCCCUUAUUUCAUUGAGGUCAUGAACUAUAUUAUCAUCAUUUAAGGAUCACAUCAAUUUAAUCAAUAGAUCAAAUUAUUUGAACAGUUAGUGGGAUUGUGAAAUUCCUCAUGGAUCUAAUAUUGGCCUGAAAAAAUUAUAAGUCUAUACGUUAAAGAAGUCUGAAUAAUUUUAUCUGUUUUUAUAUACCUUUUCUUAUGUGAAGUAUGAUUUAAAGUAUUCAUGAUCAAGAUUAUAGCAAUAUUAGUGGUGGUCAAUUUUCAAUAAGAAACCUGCAUAGCUAAGAAAUACUUUUAGGACCUGUUCAGUGGGAACUACUCGUUCACUGAUUUUACACCCACUGUAUGGCCAUCUUUGACCCCUCCUCUCUUACAGUUGUGAAAGAAAAUAGCCUUACAUUCCCAACUUAAAUUAAUGUCAUACUUAUAAUAGAAAUAAAACUUUGGGUAGGUUACAUAAGAAAACCCCAAAAAACUAUUUUUCCGGGUGUAAUGACCACUUAUUACGCAUUUCAGCUUUGUUCUUAUGUAGCAACUCAAUAUCAUGCAAUUUAAAAUGAUAAUAACUUCCAAAAUUAAAAAGAGCUGCAAUUUUUUCAAUUUAGUGCCCAACACAUUUUGAAAAAAAAAAAAAUUGACCACUAAAGUUAAUUUGCAUUUAUUUAUGCUAUAGUUUUUUUGGUAAAUAAAUAGUAUGUAAAUAUAUUUCACUGAAUGCAAUGCACUGUAUAUAAACUAUUUCAAGAGGAUUAUUAUAAUAAAUGGUUUGUAUCAUACUUAUUUUCUUAUGAAAUAUUUUGUACAGGAUAUGUAGUAGCGGCGGCAGUAUCGUAUCAUCUGAAGAUGGCGAAAAGGAUUCCAGUGAGUAAUGUAGACUGUUACUUACUGCUUGAUGCCAUUGUUUUACAAAUAAAUAAAUACAUUUACAGAAUAAUUCCUGCAUUCACUUAUGAAAAAUUUAAAUAUAUUCGGUUUUUUAAUGUUACCACCAUGGGUUUUUUCAUUCUCAGGUUGUAAUGUUAUACCGUUACCACCCAAGGACCCGAAGGCCGUGCAACAGUUAACAGCAUCUAAACCGAGACACCAGAGGAAGUAUCCAUUAGUUAUGACCAAUUCUGGUGGUUUGACGUGUCAUGGGAUGACAUCUGCGAACAAUGGACAACAGGUGUUUUCCGAUCAAAAUAAUAUAACCAUCUGCAAUAGUAAGUGUUCUGGAGAGUAGAAACACACUAAUUUGCUUAUGGAGUGUUGAAAUUUGACAUCAAGAUACUUAUUUUUUUCAGAUUCAGAACAUAAAAAUGAAGAUGAAAAAAAUAAUUUUCAAGAACCUACGUGAGUUUUUAUAAUUCCCUCGUGUAACAUAUAUAUGACAGUGUUCCCCAACUGUGUUCUACUUACUGAAUUUCUUUAAACGUAAUUUAAAACAGUUGUUGACCAAUUCAGUUUUCCAAUUUAAGUUGUUAGUAUAAUUUUAGAACCACAUUCAAGCAAAAACAAUUUUGGUUUUCUUGUUGUCACUCAAGUUAUAAAAUGUAUAUUUAGUGUACUUAGUGAUGAUUUUUUUGUUGGUUUUUAGUGCAACUGAAGUAAGUUUUGAUGAGCGUAUUGCCUUGGAACUGGAUGCUUUGGACCAGUUGGGCACAGUUGAGUCACCUGUAGCCGAACGGCAAAUGAUAGCUUUUCAGAGACAGCAGUCCGAUGGAAAUUGCUGUGAUGUGGAAGAUGAUGAUGACCAAUCAAAAACAUUUAAUAGAAGUGAUGUAAGGGGGAAGGAAAAUAUAAUGGAUCAACGGGUUCUGGACUGUGAUGAAGUCCGAAUAAUGAUUAAAGUACUCGGACCAAAAGUGUGUGGAUUACAUUUCGAUUCCAUAUUUUAUUAAAAAUUAUAAUCUUGUGCAUUGUUGUUUUAUACUAUGAUAGGUGUCUGGCAAACAGUGUUUGGACAAAUUAAAAGCCACUGGUUGGGAUGUGCAUCAUGCAAUUAAGUUGGCCAAAUUAGAAUCGGCUUUGGAAACGGAAGGCCUUAUCAAUGUUGAUCACAGCGUGUGCUUGAAUGCUUUGGAAAAUGCCAAUUGGGACUUAGUUAAAGCAGCUAUUGGUAUUAUUGAAAUGAUGGCUACAAUCAAUAAGAGGGGUAUUUUAGUGUAAAAUGUCUAAAACGAUACUACGUGCCAAACUACUUAUCCUUACUUUGUAUUAAAACAAUUAACAUUUUUUUUUAAAACUAAAAUUAUGUUAUUUUUAACUAAAAAAGUUAUUCAUAAUUAAAUUAUUAUUUUUAAUUCUGGAUAUAAAUGAUUUGCCAUUUAUGUAUAUUGUAAGAGUUAAUUUAUAUUUGGACCAACUUUGUUUAACUUUUUUUUUUUUGAUAUUAUAUAAGUUCCUGUUCCUACUUGAUUCUUUAUUUUAUACACAUAUAUGAAAUUUAAAAAUAGUAUUAAACAUUUAUUAUUAUUUAUAAAAUACAUGGUUAAAAAAAAAAAACAACAACAAAUUAUAAAAUACAUGUAUAUGUUAAAAGGAUAUUUUAUAAUACUACAAUGCUUAUUUUACAUAAAGUAACUUAACAACUGAUUUUUGUAAUUAAUUUAUAUUUUUAUACUUUCAAUAUAUAAUAUACAUUUAUAUGAAUUUGAUAAUUUUUGUGUAGAAAAAGAAAAAAAUACUAAUCUUGGAUAAUUUUUUUGUUUAUCAGUGAUUUGUUAAUUGUUAAAGUUGUGCUAUGACAACAGCUUGUUCAUCAUUACUUGUCACGUGCUACCACAAAUCCUUUGAUUAAUGGCAAGCCAAUUCCGACCUUUUCCUGAUAUGAAAUAUAGUCUUCUCCAAAAAAAUUUAAUAGUGUCAUUUCUUCAUGAUAAAUGCGAUCCUUGAAGAAUUUCCAUGCCGCUAGUGCAUAUGCUAUUACACAUAUAGGAUUAAUCAUGAUGACCUAAAUGAGUAACA